UAAAACGGUUUUAAUUGGAGUAAUGGCCCAACUCGUUGUUAAACAGACACAUUAAGGAUUGAAACUAAGAAAUAGAAACAUUUAUUUUACAUUUAGAGAAAAUAAUCCCGUUCGGAACUGAAGCAAUGGAGAGGUGGAAGAGUCAUGUCCGUGCGGAGCUUUUCCAGAGAGACUCUCAACAGAAGCAACCCUUCAGCGGCCUCAUUAACUCAUAUUCCCGGUUGGCGGAGAAAUGCGAGUUACACGAGUGCUUUUGGGUGGAAAAGCAGGAUUCCGGCUUUGUGGAAUCUCCAGAAACACUGCAGUUCCAGCUUCUGUUAAAGGAGGGAGAGCAGGUCAGAGCGAAGCUCUCCCAGAAGGUUUUAGACGUGAUGAGCUCCCUGUACCUGAAAGAGGCGGAGCUGCAGUACUGUCACUCACAGGUGUCCCGCUACCACAAGGAGGCGCUGCUCCUGGCCAGGAGCACUGCCGCGCUGCAGACCAGCCUAUCGGAGUGCGAGUAUGCCCUGGAGAGCCAAUCGAAGGAGCUGGCGGCUCUGCGGGCGGAGCAGGGGGCUCUGGGGGCGGAGCUUCUGGCGGUGCGGGGAGAGAUGGAGGGGCUGCUGGGGCGCUGGAUGGAGGAGAAGAGAGGAGAGGCAGAGCGAGUGAACGAGCACAACAGCAGGCAGGAGCGGUGGCAGCGGUUCACCAGCCGGCUCGCCCAGCAGCAGCAGAGAGGAGAGCAGCAGAGAGGAGAGCAGCAGAGAGGAGAGCAGCAGAGAGGAGAGCAGCAGGGGAGUCUGGGCAGCACACCUGGGCUGGAGCCCCUGGGCACAGCCGCAGCCUGCGGGAGCAGACCUGAGCCACUCUGAUACGUACACACACACACACACACACACACACACACUCAUACACACACACACACACACACUCAUACACACACA